GAGCCUUACGACUGUGUCUGCCUCGAACUCACAACCUUCCACACUUCCUUUUCGUGUCGUAGGCUCGGGAUGAAUUCGGUAAGUAAUGGGCUGUGGGCCUUCGGAUCGUUUUAUGGAAAUUGACGAUCAUCGCUUCAAUUUUUUCAUAGAGAGGCUCGACCAAUAUCUGUACACUCUGGCACGCUACGAGAUAGCCUGGGUCCGUAUCUCCGGGUGGCUCGAAGGAAAAGAGCUGCCGAACCGGGUCCAGAGCCAUACUCCCGGGAUACCGAGCAAAGACUUUCCGUGUGAGGUCUUUCGUCGCUGUAAAGACAUCGUCCGUGGAAAGGACGUCAUCCCCAUCACGUCGGCCACCAUUAAGGUCUCCGGAAUCAUCAGAGCACUGGUGCAACAGCAUCAUCCUUUCAAGCUUAUCGGCGUCGAGCCGGCUGCCCUCUCUUGGUGGCGAAGGAGACUCGAAAAAGGGAGGGCGAGAAUUACGCAAGAUGACCACCAUGACCUGUCAUGUUAUCCACCAGAGUCGGAGCCUGGUCUGGACGUUGCAUCGGUGCAUGCAAAGGAGGUUGAUCGUUGGCUCCUUCCACUCGCUCUUCGAAUCGACGAAAUCGGGGUUUCGCAGUUGGACGAGCCGGGAACCUCUGGGCAUGACGAGUCUAAGACCGGUGAGACGAAAGAGCUCGAGCCGUCUCGGCCGAAGGAGCCCGAGGUGUCAAAGUCGGAGGAAGCUGGAAUCCCUCAGUCGGACUCUGCGGAAAAAGUCGAUCGGCAGCUAUGCGGAUUGUCUUGAACAGACGUCACGGCGUUGCUGUGCGGGGAGCUCCUUAUCCUUCGAUUCCUGAUCUGGCCCUGGUUUUCAACGGAGCCUACGAUCUUCGAAAAUGCGGGCCGAAUGGGCAGUC